UCAACCUUUUAUGUACCAAAUACACGUACGCAUUCUCCAAUUACACUUUCAUCAUCCCCACUUUCGAAAAUAGCCGCUUGACGUGCCCGUUUAAUUGUUUUUCCCAGGUCACUAAAUUCGUCGUUUUUCUUUCUAAUUUGUGGCUAUAACUAGAGAGAGAGAGAGAGAGAGAUGGGGAGAGUGAACGGCGAUGUGCAAGAAAAUGUGUUGCUGGAUCUGAUAAAGAAAUCGGGUGGUUGCGCCGUCGUGGACGGUGGUUUCUCAACCCAGCUGGAGAUUCAUGGCGCCUGCAUUAAUGACCCUCUUUGGAGCGCCCUUUGCCUUAUUAAAGCCCCUGAUUUAGUCAAACUGGUACAUUUGGAGUACCUGGAAGCGGGUGCGGACGUACUAGUGACUUCAUCUUAUCAGGCAACUAUACCAGGAUUUCUUUCCAGGGGAUUGUCCCUGGAAGAAGCAGAGUCACUGCUUACCAAAAGUGUGAAACUCGCUGUUGAAGCCCGUGAUAAGUUCUGGUCCUCAGGAAAGAGGAAAUCUGGACAUAAUUACAACAGGGCCCUGGUUGCAGCCUCCAUUGGAAGCUAUGGUGCAUAUCUUGCUGAUGGUUCAGAAUAUAGCGGGAAUUAUGGAACGAAUAUAACCCUGGAGAAAUUAAAGGAUUUUCACAGGCGCAGGCUGCAAGUUCUUGUGGAAGCAGGCCCUGAUUUGCUUGCUUUCGAGACCAUGCCUAACAAACUGGAGGCUCAGGCUUGUGUGGAGUUGCUGGAUGAAGAAAAUGUUCCGAUCCCAUCCUGGUUCUGUUUCAGCACAGUUGAUGGUGUAAACGUCUCCUCAGGGGAAAGCUUUGAGGAAUGCCUUGACAUAAUUAACAAGAGUAGCAAAGUUAGUGCAGUUGGUAUAAACUGCGCACCGCCAAAUUUUGUUCUAAGCCUUAUAAAGAGAUUCAAAGAGCGUACUGCUAAGGCAAUAGUUGUCUAUCCCAACAGCGGUGAGACAUGGGAUGGCACUGCUAAAACAUGGCAGCCAUCAAAAUGUGUUCAUGAUGAGUUUGAGCUGUUGGCGACGACAUGGAGAGAUGCUGGAGCUAAGCUCAUAGGUGGCUGCUGUCGGACUACGCCUUCUACAAUUCGAUCAAUUUCUAGAGUUCUCAAGGACAACUGACUUUUUGAACUAGGAGCUGAUAGUUUCUAUUUUUGUAAUAAAUAAAUUGUAAAAAAAAAUUAAGUUUGGUUGAAGGAAAAAUAGGAAGUUCAGGAAAACGGUUUAAUCCUUACCAUUUUACUGAUAACAGUUGGUAAAGGGAUCUGAUUGUAAGUUUUGGUUUAAUCAAUUUAAUUUAAGAAUUUUGAAAUGGAAA